CUCGACCUUCUCUGUUUUCUCAAGAGUAAGAAUCAAAUUCAAGAAAAACCAGCAACUUUGAAAAAAAAAUUAACUUAAAAUGUCGAUGAUUCCGAGCUUCUUCGGUAACAACAGACGUGGCGGCAACAGCUUCUUCGAUCCCUUCUCUCUCGAUGUUUGGGAUCCGUUCAAAGACUUCCCCUCAGCUUCCUCGUUUUCCCAAGAAAACUCUGCUAUUGUGAACGCACGUGUGGACUGGAGGGAGUCUCCCGAGGCGCACGUGUUCAAAGCGGACUUGCCUGGACUUAAGAAGGAGGAGGUGAAGGUGGAGAUAGAGGAUGAUAGCGUGUUGAAGAUCAGCGGAGAGAGACACGUGGAGAAAGAGGAUAAGAACGACACGUGGCACCGGGUUGAGAGGUCGAGCGGGCAGUUCACGAGGAAGUUUAGGCUUCCUGAGAAUGUGAAGAUGGAUCAGGUUAAGGCUGCGAUGGAGAAUGGUGUUUUGACUGUGACGGUGCCUAAGGCGGAGACGAAGAAGGCUGAUGUCAAGUCUAUUCAGAUCUCUGGCUGAUUUGAGUUUCAAGGAUCCUCUGGUUUGAGUUUUUCGUACAAAGCGUUUUAUCUUUUGUUUGUCUUGUGGUCUUUCUAGUUCUAAGAGUCGUCUGCUUAUGAGUUUGGAGGUGAUGUACCUGUUUGAUAUGGAAUAAUUAAAUAAAUAACUUGGGCUUAAAUCUGUCUGAUUAUGAACUUUCUCUAGUGUACUAUGAAAAAUCAAAUCUUAAACAUCAU